AUGAAUUACCCCGAGGAUCCAGAGGAACAGCUCUCGGAGGAUGAAAACGAAGAAGAAGAGGAGGGGGAGGAUGAAGGAAUAGAGAUAAUGGAUGAGGAGGAGGAGGAAGAAGGUGAGGCGGAGGAAGAUAAGGAGCAUAAACUGGGCUGGGCUAACCUCCCGGACGUGUGUCUGCGGCAGGUAUUCUGGUGGCUGCGUGACCGCGACCGUGUCAAGGCGGCCCUGGUGUGUCUCCACUGGCACCACGUCAUGCGCUCGCCCUCUCUCUGGAGGGUUCGAACCUUCAACUUCUCCGGCCGCAUCUCCAGGACCCGCCGCUCGGAGCUGGAGACGGCCGUGUGUUACGCCAAGACCUACGGCGCUUACCUGGAGGACCUGGAGAUCCGCUUCUCCCAGCCCCUCAACUCUCUGGUGUCCCGGCGCUUCCAGCAGACGCUGAGGACCUUCCUCGCCGCGCUGCGUAAAACCAGAGGUGGACUACGCCGCCUAACUGUCAACCACAUGGAGCUGGACCGCACCGCCUGGUGCCGCAGCGUGCGCAAGGCGCUGGUGCGCAGCCUCACCUUCUACCUGCGCCGCGAGAGCUCCCGCCUGGGCUACUUGAGCCUGCGAGGGGCCCGCCUCAACCUGCCCCAGGGCCUGGAGGUGCUGGAGGCCGUGGCUGCAUCUCAGCAGCACAUCCACCUGGGCCGCCGGCCCGGCAUCACCCACCUCAACCUGGAGGACUUCUUCUCACAGCCGCUGGCCGUCUUCAUCAGCCCCGCCUUCCCCCAGGUAAUGAACCGCUUCCAGGGCCUCUGCACUCUUACCCUCAACUACAGCUGCCUGUCGGAUGAGCUGCUGGCGGCCCUGUCCGUGGCGUGUAGGAGCCUGGGCGGGGGAGGGUCCCUGCAGACGUUCACCAUACGAUGCCAUAUCCACGAGCCCCACAUCCAGGUGAUCUGGGGGGAUGCCUGGUCCCAUCUGGCCCAGCGUUGUCCCGACCUCCGUGUGCAUAUCACAGUGGAGCGGAUCCUCGACAUAGACAAGCUGGGGAGGAUUCUGCUCAGAGAGAUCCCGCUGCGCUCGCUCAGUCUCACCAGUUGCUACUUCAGUGAACAAGAUUGGAGUGCCAAGCCGGCCCUUACCAACCUAGUGCCCUGCUACAGGAGCUGUUUACAGAAACUGACCCUGGACCUGAACAACAGCCACGAGUCUGUGGACGAGGAGCUGCUGGAUGUGGUGCUGCUAUGCAGCCAGCUGGUCUACAUGAAGGUCUGGGCAUUCCUGGACAUCAGCUUCCUGGACCGGCUGCUGCAGAAACGCCUGGAAAAUAAGAUCAUCCUAAGGACCAUCAAGGUGCGGAUCUACAUCAACAAAUAUGAAACUCAGGACGAGGAUGAGCAGCUGGAGGAGGUGUACUCUCGCUACAGACAACUCAUCAACUCAGAGCUCCACUACUUUGCCAUCUCCUACCCCAUGCUCUGACUCCUGCCUGACAGACACG